AUGUCUGCUCUAUCUGGCGAAUUUGCCAUGAAGGAUUUGGGGCCUCUGUCUUAUUUUUUGGGUAUUCAGGUUAAACGGGAUGGCAACCACAUGUUUCUCUCUCAGGAGGCUUAUGUUCGGGAUAUUAUUCAUCGUGCUUCUAUGGACUCUUGUAAGCCAGUCGCCACUCCAGUUGACACACAGACAAAACUAUUCGCAGACUCCGAUGCCUUACAUGAUGAUCCUACUGCCUAUCGGAGUCUAGCCGGGGCACUACAGUAUCUGACAUUCACUUGGCCUGAUAUAUCAUACGCGGUUCAGCAAGUGUGCAUGCACAUGCAUUCUCCUCGUGUUGCCCAUUGGAAUGCGUUAAAGCGCAUCAUUCGAUACAUCCAAGGGACUUCCGACUAUGGUCUUCAUCUCGGUCCGGCUCGAGACCUUUCUUUGGUAGCCUAUACGGAUGCGGAUUCGGUUGGAUGCCCGGACACUCGUCGGUCCACGUCAGGGUAUUGUGUGUAUUUGGGUGACAAUCUAAUCUCCUGGUCCUCUAAAUGCCAAUCUACAAUCUCUCGCUCCAGCGCUGAAGCCGAGUAUCGGGGCGUCACCAAUGUUGUUGCAGAUAUUUGCUGGCUUCGGAAUCUUCUCCUCGAAUUGCAUCAUCCGUUGUCUCGUGCGACUCUUGUUUACUGGGACAAUGUGAGUGCCAUAUAUCUCUCAGGUAAUCCAGUUCAGCACGAGCGAACUAAGCAUAUAGAGCUGGAUAUACACUUUGUUCGCGAACAGGUUCAACGCGGUCACAUUAGAGUCCUUCAUGUGCCAUCUCGACAUCAGAUCGCUGAUAUAUUCACCAAAGGCCUCCCUCAUGUCCUAUUUGAUGAUUUCAGAUCCAGUCUAAGCAUUCGGCCUCCCAACGUUUCGACUGCGGGGGUGUAA